CCCAGCGAGCCGCUCUUCCUCGGAUUAUUAGCUGGAGAGCAUUCCUUAGCACACCAAAUAACUAUAGCCUAGUUUUUCGAACGCAGCUGGACAAGAUGGCCGACGAGAGUGCCCCUCUUACCAAGCGCGAGUUCCUCGAAAUGUCGUGUAUGAUUCUUGGGGAGAUUCUCAGCCCCCAAAUGCUCCGCCCUGCGCUGGAGGCAGCAGCAGCCAAGCUUGCAGUUCCGGAUGGCACCGCGCUGGUCAGCACGCUCCUCGCCGAGAAAGCCGCGCAAGCGGCUAAGGGCAAGGGGAAGUCAAAGAAGGCGGCGGACAACGGCGAGCAGAAGGAGAAGAAGAAGCGUGACCUGACCACGUACAACCUGUUCAUGACCUGGUUCAGCGAUUUCGCCAUGAACUACGGGCACCACCCCGCCAUUCAAAAGAUGAAGCAGGACAACCCCACCCUCAAGUACGGUGUUGCCAUGACCGGCGAGUUCUACAGGACUCUCUCGGAGGACGUCAAGAACAAGCUGAAGGAGUCGGUUGACCCGUUCAUCAAGAACUACAGCUCCGAGCACCCGGGCGAAGGCGCCAUGGCUGCCGUCCGCGCCUACGAGGCCGCGCACCCCGACAAGACCUUCUCCAAGCUGCUCAAGCUGGAGGCCAAGCAGGCCUACAAGACCGACCCCGCGAACAUGAAGCAGGAGGCCGCGACGGCGCGCAAGGCUGCGGAGGGCGGCGCCACCCCCGCGCCGGCGGCUGCGCCCCCGGUGGGCGCCACGCCCGCCUCCGCCAAGACAGGCGACGAGGAGAAGAAGAAGGAGAAGAAGCGGCGGAAGGAGGAGGAGGCGGCCAAGGAGGAGGGCGAGGAGAAGAAGAAGAGCAAGAAGGACAAGGAGGGCAAGAAGGACAAGGAGAGGGAGAAGGACGGCGAGAAGAGCACGAAGAAGGAGAAGAAGAAGGACAAGUAAAGGACGCGGCGGGCGCACGUGGCUGUGGGCGGCCUUCCAGACGCGGGGAUGGCACGGAUGGUACCACUUGACUGACGAACUACGAACACAGCCGGAUAGGUACACCUGAUAUUAAAGGUGUAGUAGGAUGGUGAUACGCCUGAUACGUUUGUCGACGAAAGGUGCUCUUGAUGCGACAGUUGGAAGCGGAGGCGGCUCGGCAAGUAUGUUAUCGUUCUCUAUACUGCAAAUCCGCUUACGGAACCCUUGUGGCCCUUACUGAAUUAGUGUGGACUCUUGGACUAACCGUUUGGAGUCUGGGAAGGCGGUGUGGGUGAUGAAAGCUUGGGAGAAACAUGUGCUCGUGUCGGGCUGGGGCAUCGGGUUUCGACUCGUAUAACGCAUGGACCGUGCCUGGCUCACAUGAAGCUGUAGACGUUGAGUAUGGUCGUCACACGUUCUCGAGCAAGCAAAGUAAAGGAAAUUAGUAACUAGACUUGACAGGGAACACUUUAAAAGUUUCUGCGUCCA